AUGGCCAAUUUGGAAGCUUACCGGGAGUACCAGAGGAUUGAGGACCUGGAGGAGGACUCUCCACCAGGAGAGGAGGAUUUGCUACUCCAUGUGCCCGAAGGCCUGAAAGAUUCAUGGCAUCACAUCAAGAACUUGGAUAACUUCUUCACUAGAAUCUAUCAUUUUCAUCAAAAAAAUGGCUUCGCCUGUAUGAUGCUUUCGGAGUUCUUUGAGCUUGUUCAAUUUUUGUUUGUCGUCACUUUCACGACGUUCUUGGUCAACUGCGUGGAGUAUGAUGUCCUGUUUGCUAACCGAGCUGUCAAUCACACGGGUCACAACCCGUUGGACCGGAGCAAGGUCACCAUCCCCGAUGCACUUUUGCCCAGCCAGCAGUGCACUCAAAGCAUUCAAGAAAACAGAUGGAUCAUAUUCCUUCUAAUUAUGGCGACCGUCUUCUGGAUCUAUCGACUUAUCAAAGUCAUUUGCAACGUUCUGAGCUACUGGGAGAUUCGUCAGUUCUACAUUAAAGCACUGAAGAUCAGAAUGGAUGAACUAUGCAACUUCACAUGGCAGGAAGUCCAGGAUCGUCUCAUCAGCCUGCAGCGAGAGCAGCAAAUGUGCGUCCACAAGAAAGAACUGACAGAAUUGGACAUCUAUCAUCGCAUCUUGCGCUUCAAAAAUUACAUGGUUGCCAUGAUCAACAAAUCUCUGCUUCCCGUGCGGCUGCAGCUCCCCCUGUUGGGCGAUGUAAUCUUUCUCACACAGGGCUUGAAGUACAACUUUGAACUCAUCCUCUUCUGGGGCCCUGGCUCUCUGUUCCAGAACAAAUGGAACCUGCACCCCAAGUACAAGCGCAGCAGCAAUCGGCUGGAGCUGGCACAGCAGCUCAGCAGGGUCAUCCUGCUCAUGGGUGUGGCCAAUCUGCUGCUAUGUCCCUUCAUUCUGGUGUGGCAGGUGCUCUACGCAUUCUUCAGCUACACCGAAAUCAUUCGGCGCGAGCCCGGGAGUCUGGGCGCGCGCCGCUGGUCCCUUUACGGUCGACUGUACUUGCGCCACUUCAACGAGCUGAACCACGAGCUGCAUGGACGCUUGGGUCGAGGCUACAAGCCCACGUCCAAAUACAUGAAUUCCUUCACGUCGCCGCUGCUCACCGUGCUGGCUAAAAACGUCGCCUUCUUCUCGGGCUCCGUGUUGGCCGUGCUUAUUGCGCUCACUGUCUACGACGAAGACGUCUUGACUGUGCAGCACAUUUUGACUGGCAUCACUGUGCUAGGGGUGGUUAUCACUAUCACCAGGUCCUUCAUCCCAGACGAGCAUAUGGUUUGGUGCCCAGAACAGCUGCUGCAGUGCAUGCUGGCCCACAUCCACUACAUGCCGGACCACUGGAGGGGCAACGCUAACAAGAGCGAAACCCGUGACGAGGUGGCACAGCUGUUUCAGUACAAAGCGGUGUUCAUCCUGGAGGAGCUGCUCAGUCCCAUCGUCACACCCUUUAUCCUCAUCUUCCUGCUAAGGAGCAAGUCUCUGGAGAUUGUCGAUUUCUUCCGGAAUUUCACAGUGGAGGUCGUCGGUGUGGGAGAUAUAUGCUCCUUUGCGCAGAUGGACAUCAGACGCCACGGGAACCCAACUUGGCUGUCUGAGGGCCAGACGGAGGCAUCUGUGUACCAGCAGGCCGAAAAUGGCAAGACGGAGUUGUCACUCAUGCAUUUCACCAUUAAGAACCCACACUGGCAGCCACCAUUGGAAAGCUCUGUGUUCAUCAGUCAUCUCAAGGAGAAGGUACACCACGAUGCGCAAAGUGGUCCGUCUCCGCAGCUCUUGCUCUCUGAGGCGCCGCUAUGCACAUCACUGCAGUCCAAUGAGUCCGGUACUGGGCCUGAUAAUCUGCUUGCCAGCGUCUUGGCACACCCCGUUCUCACUGCGUCAGGACUACAAGGCAGAGAUCACCGCUUCAUCCCACCGAGCACGGCAGCGUCAGCGGCCGCCAGUGUCCUUGCCUCUUUGUCUACUUCUCAGCUGCCGCACACAGGCCGGGGCCGCUCGCAACGCCACCAAGGGUCCUUCUUACAUCCAGACAGUACUAUGUACCACAGUGAUCGAACUGUCAUAGACAGUAUGUCAUUCAGCGACAGCCAUUUACGGAGCAAUACGCUCCACUCGGAGUUUGCCUCAGCAGAGAUGAGCCUUCACGCCAUUUACAUGCAUGAGCUCCACCAGCAGACGUCACACCCUCAGAGAAAUUCAGGGCAAUGGCAUAGCUCGGUGCCAAUGACAGAGCUCCACAGUCACACUGGUAACCCUGCCCAUGUUAGUUCAACGCCGUCUUUGGUCACACCAGUGCACCUUGGUGGGUGGCAAGAAGAAGAGGAAGAAGAUGAAGGUGAAGAGGAGAUAAACAGUGGCUCCACUCAGAAACAAGACACCAGGACUUGA